AUGCUGGCCUGCAAGGCAAUAGAAUGUGAUGACAUCUCGGCCCUGUCGCCAACGCCAAGGAGCGUUGUGGACGAGGCAGGGCGCAGUGGAUCUUCGUUUGUGGAGUUCAUAGCCUACCUGGCUCGCUUGUCGCCUGACAGAAGGCCCAAGUUCAUCCUGGUGGAGUGUGUGGCGAAUUUAGCCAAGCUGCGAAAGGCAGUGCAGGAGCAAGGAACGUCUGUGGUCAGCGAGAAGCUGAAGAGUCUAGGCUACCAGGGCAGAUGGCAAGUCCUGAACAGCAAGCACUUUGGCGUCGCACAGAACCGCACUCGCGCUUGGGGAAUCUUUGCCAAUUUCAGCUCAUGCUCCGCCCAGAAGGUUGAGGACGCCUGGAAGCUGAUUUCCCGCUGCCAUGUCAUGCCAGAGCCUCUUAUUGUUGUCCUGGAACGAUGCAAUGUGGCAAAGGCAGGCCAGGCUGCGCAAAAGGCCGCCAGGGGCGCCAAGUCCGGCAAAUGGAAGCAAGAGCAUGAGCAGUUCAGGGAGCAGAAGCAGAUCGAGAACCAUGAGCUUGAAGGCCUUGCACUGCGAGAGAAGCUUUUGACAUUGCGUUUGACAGAUCGGGAGGUGGAAGUGAGUUUGCUGAAGUUAGCAGUGUUCAACAGGAAGAAGCCUUUGCGUCAGCAGGCCGCAGUGGUGGGCAGCGUUGGCGACUCGAUACGGUUCAUCCAGUUCCACAGCUGUAUGGGAGAAGAGGAGCUUGCCAUGGUGAACCUCCGGGACCACUUGUCAGUCAGUGAGGCGCAGGAGCUCUGUGGGAACGCGUUCACGGGUAACAUCGUGAUUGCCGCGCUGGUGGCCAUUCUCCUCCAGAUGGACUGA